UGAAGGUUAUGUUCUAGUGAUUGGACAGGUGAUUAAAGAAAAAGAUUACUUAUAAUUAUCAAGGAAUUUCUAUGUAUCUAAUCAAUGAUUCGUUGAUUCCAUAGAUCAUUUGAGAAGUUCGCGAAUGCCACUUUAGUAUUUCGAUCUCUGUUUUUUGCUUUUUUCAGUAUGUAACUGUGUUUCAAAGGAGCUUAGUGUCAUUGUGCAUGCCAACAAACAUACCUGUAUUUUGGUUCACCUGUUCGUUUAAAGAAAAUUAGAGGGUUUCCCUAUCAAGCGGUGCCCAGUUGUCUACAAAGUGUUUUCUUCUCUAAAUCAAUUAACUAUGCCAGAAGAGUCAGGUGUCCUUGUCGUCAAAGCAAAACCAGAGCGCAAGAAAUUCUCUGCUCCCGUCAAAAUCGUCAGCAAAAUACCUGCUGACAUCCUCCAAAAUGAAAAGCUUAACAACAUGAUUUCGCAGUUACCAUCGAAUUAUAACUUUGAAGUGCACAAAACCAUAUGGAGAAUCAAGCAACUCAAAGCCAAGAGAGUAGCUCUUCAAAUGCCAGAAGGCUUACUCAUGUUUGCCAUCUCGAUCUGUGACAUUAUCGAGACUUUCACCGAAGCUGACACUGUAAUCUUAGGGGAUGUAACGUAUGGAGCCUGCUGUGUUGAUGACUUCUCUGCUGAAGCAUUAGGUGUUGAACUUCUAGUGCACUAUGGACAUAGUUGUUUAAUUCCUAUUGAUCAAACGAAGGGAAUGAAAAUUCUAUACAUUUUUGUUGAUAUCAAAAUAGAUACCCUACAUUUUAUUGAAACCUUGAAAACAAAUUUCUCUCCAGAAACUAAGUUUGGAUUUGUAAGCACAAUUCAGUUUCUAACAACGCUGCAUAAUGCUGCAAGUGAGUUGCGGCAAAGUGGUUACUCUGUUACGAUCCCUCAGAGCAAACCUCUGUCACCGGGAGAAAUCCUUGGUUGCACUGCUCCAAUCAUUGCAAAUGUUGAUGCGCUAAUUUAUCUAGGAGAUGGAAGGUUUCAUUUGGAAGCUGCUAUGAUUUCAAAUCCCAAGCUCAAGGCUUACAGGUAUGAUCCGUACGAGAAAAAAUUUACUGAAGAGUUUUAUGAUCAUACUGUGAUGAGGGAAACCCGUCACGCAGCCAUUACUAAAUCCAAGGAUGUGUCUCGAUUUGGCCUCGUUCUGGGGACAUUAGGACACCAAGGAAGUCCAAAAGUUAUGGAAAAUUUACUGGAAAAACUGAGCAAACAUGGAAAAGAGGUCGCGCUUAUCCUACUUUCAGAGAUAUUCCCAAGCAAGCUGAAAUUAAUGGAGCAGUCUGUCGACGCAUGGAUACAAAUAGGGUGUCCGCGCCUCUCAAUCGACUGGGGAUCAGCAUUUUCUCGCCCACUACUUUCACCUUAUGAAAGUGCUGUUGCUCUCGGUGAGAGUGAGUGGAGGUGUAGCCCCGAGAGCAAUAAUAGCUACCCAAUGGAUUUCUACGCCUCUUGUAGCCUCGGUGAUUGGACACCAAAUCACAAGGAAAAAUCAAGCAAGGAUGAUUGUUGUGGUAGCUGCAACAAAACCCUGUAGUUUUCCUGAAUGUUUACUAAUCACUGCCUCAAUUUUUGAAAUUGUCAUACCAGUGAUUAUCAUUUGUCAAGUCUGAUUCUAGGAAUAUAGCUGUGGCCUGGGGGCCGCAAAUGUGCUCCUUUCAGGGUGGCUAGCAACCGAGAAAAACCAGGGAAUGCAACUUGACCGGAAAAAAUGAGGGAAUUUUGUCAACAGUCAAGGAAUUUUUUAUUGAGCCGGGUUCAAGCUCGAAAAAUUGGGUCAGCAACAGGCCAACUAAUCGCGUUGUUGUGCCUACCGUAUCCGUCAAACAUGCCAAAUGGGUGGCAUUCUCGAGUGGUGUGAAAUAGUCAGGGAAUGAUAAAAUGAAAUUAUUCUAGCCACCCUGUAACUUUUGAUGGCCAGUUUUUCGUGGGAGACAAGGAAAAAAACAGGUGGCCAAUCUACCAGAUCCUACCAUUAACGAUCAUGAAAAAUCAUAAGGCAGGCUCCCUCCUUCUGUUCCCAGGGAAUAUAAAAUUUAUUGUGACAAAAAUGAAAGUUUAUCAAGAGAAGUCUUUGUUGCAUUGAUAUAUUCAUUGUUUCAUCUCUUAAGUUGCUUUCGUCAGCAGGGCUGCAAUUUUGUUGCUGAUUGGUAGUAGCCUGUCGAAUGUGGCAGGAAGUUGGUGCUCCAAAACUUUGUGAUCAGUUUUUUUUUUAUCUAAUUUUACAAUAAUGCUUACCUGAUUUUUUACCAUUUUACUGUACAUGUAUAGGUAUUGAUAUUUGCAAAAUGGGAGCUUAAAAUGGUCAUUUGAACAGGAUUCAACAAAAACGCAUCAAGUUUGAAUCAAGAAAGAGGCUUGAACCUUCAUUUUUUCAUAAGACUCCAUGUUAAAGACAAUUCCAAAUUUGUAGUUCCUGUAGUGGCUAUAUAAUAUUGUUAAAUAAAAAAUUGAAAAAAGUCAAUGUUUAAUGACUAUUUUCACAUUCAAAAAA